UCCGGAUUUCCGGAUGAACACAUGAAUGGUGCUAGCAAAGUCUGUCGGUUCAAGAAUUUCAUUAUUUCAUUCGAUUUCUUUAAUGUUCGAUCAUUUUCAACAAUCAAACAAUUCGAUACUAUUCGAUUGUGCGGAUGGCCGUCCAUGACACAAGAAUUGAAUCGUACAGUUUUUGGAAAGUUUGUAGAGUUGUAUUAAUGAAAUUUCUUGGUUAGGAAAUUUGACAGCAUUAAGUAGUGAUGCACACGGUAUACUGUAUACUGUUAUUUACCACAGCUAUUUGUACCAUUCAUUGUAAGAAGUUCACAAACGAAGAAGAUAAACCUGCAUGGGCGAAGAAGAACAUUCGUGAUUAUAAUGAUGCAGAUUUAGAGAGGCUGCUCGAACAGUGGGAGGAAGAUGAUGAACCCCUUGAACAGGAUGAGCUGCCAGAACAUCUUCGUCCACAACCAAAUAUUGACUUCAGCAAGAUAGAUAUGACUAACCCAGAGAAUCUGUUAAAAUUGACAAAGAAGGGCCGUACACUAAUGGUGUUCGUAAGUGUUGAUGGAAAUCCCUCAAGAGAAGAAACCGAAGAGAUUACAAAGUUAUGGCAAUCCAGUUUAUGGAAUAAUCACAUUCAAGCAGAAAGAUAUCUGGUGUCAGAUGAUAGAUCCAUAUUUUUGUUCAAGGAUGGAUCUCAGGCUUGGGAUGCAAAAGAAUUCCUAAUUGAACAGGAAAGAUGCAAAGUAGUAGUAAUAGAAAAUAAAUCUUAUUAUGGUAAACAUACAGAAGAGUAUAAAGAAGAAGCUGAUGAAAGGAAGACAAAGAAAGAUGAGCUGUAAGGAGAGUACAUCUCUGUGCUGAAGAAGUAUGACUGAUUUUUGUUAGGAUCAAAUCAUUGAAUAUGUGUGACAUUUUUAUAAAGGGAAACUAAGCAGUUUAAACUGUUAGUGAGUUUCUACAUAAAACUGCACAAAAAUGUC